UCCGUGAGACAUCCUCACGAUCCUCACAUCAACAAAGCCAGCAGAGCCGGAAAAGAGCCAACGUCAAGCUCAAUGAUCCGUGAUCCUUGUCUCGCCCUUCUCGUUCUCCUCAGGCAUUUUGGGUUGAAACCGUUGAUACUGAUCAAUCCAGCAUCCCUUCCAUGAUCGACAUCUUUCCCGUGCUUGACAUCUCGAAAUCGGCCUAGCACGGCUAGAAAAUCCCCAUUAUCGAGGUGGGGCAAUCAGGACGAGCCAUGGCGUCCGACGGGCCCAAGCCACUCUCGGGAUUCUCAUCCGCCUCCCCCACGGCCCCUGGCACUGGCAAUGGCCUCCGCAAUGGCCUUGGCACUGGCCUUGGCACUGGCCUUGGCACUGGCCUUGGCACUGGCCUUGGCACUGGCCUCGGCACUGGCACCAGCCCCCCGGGCAGCCGGUGUUUAGGUUGUGGCAUGACUUGGGACUCUGCCCAUUUCCAGAGCUUGUCCGCUUUUCACUCGUCGGUGCGACAACAUCAGAGGAUUUGUCAGGACAUCAUGGAAACGGAUUCCGACUGCUCUGUCCACUCGUCAGAUCGUAGCGAUAUUGAAGUGUCCUCGGGGGAGGAAAUCCCCCAUUGGCCCUCCAGUGCCAAUGCUCAUGGCGGGUCCGGGCCCGGUGUGUCCGAGGAGGAGACGGAGGAUGAAAUGCCGCAGGAAUGUGACAACUGCGGGCGUGAGUUCGAUGACGAGCCCCAGUUCAAAGACCACGUCCUGUAUUGUCCCAAAAGAUACAAAUGCGUGUUGUGCCCUUGCCCGCCGCUAACGUGGGACGUGUUUCAAACUCACGUCUUGUCCCACCCCUCAGAGGACGAUGAGCACAAGUUGAAUGGGACUUCCCGCCCAAGUUCCGCCUCAGCCAAACGGGCCUUGCCAUCUGAAGGAAAGAGGACGUCGAUCAAAAGGAACAGACCCUACCCAAAUCCGCUGGUAGAAUGUGAGGAGCCUGCCCGUGGACCACACGCAACGGGCGUCUUAACUGCUCCCAUUGUGACCUCAAAUUUCAAUCAUGGUCAUGCUCUUCGUGAAGGCAACAAAUUCCAUUCACAUCAUUCAAAAUUAUCAGAUGCGACGAGCCAACCGCCAAUUAGCACCCCUUGUGGACCAUUCAUGGCUCAAUGUUAUGUAUCCCGGGCUGCCUCUGCCUCUGCCUCUGCCCCUGCCUCUGCCUCUGCCUCUGCCUCUGCCUCCCCCAAGUUGCCAUCGUUGUUAUCAGAAUCAAUCAACCACAGGGAUGAAGCGCCGCACGCCAAUCCAACAACAGUUACUACUGUUUCCAAUCGUUGUGAAGGGUCUUAUUCGUUCCAGGAUCACAUGACUUGAGCCGCCAUCAUGAGGAAACACAGCAUUAUCAAACUUGAUUUGUGCCGUUGUGCGCGACAAAAAAAAAGCGCAUCGAGAGGAAUGCCGGAUAUCUGAAAAUGGAGCUUAACUGGCAAAAAAAGUCUAAAAAAUAUCGAGGGCAAAGGAAGUUGUUCCCAAAAAGUGGUGCAACUAAAGCUUGAAAGGCUUUUAUUUUUCUUCAUUCAACAAUUGGAAGGCCAAAGGUUUAUAUCUUGUGGGCACUGGGUGUAGGCGUCUACUCAUGCCAGGCAGGUUAUAAUAAUUUCUUCUUAGGCAGGAAAUGUAAACCUUGAGAAAUAUCAGUUAUUUAUUUUUUCUCUUAAA